GGCGAAGAGUGUCCAAGGAGUCAGGGACAUUUCAACUCGGCUGAGUGCGACGAGUGAGACGAGACGCAUUCCACUGAACACUGCGAAUUUACCGUAGCGGAAAUUUCGGGCGUGUGUAAUUCUAUUUUGGUGCGGCGAUACCAACCAUUGGAGAAAUGGCGCUUCGAACGUCAGCCCGGUCUUUCUCGAGAAUGCUCUCUGGUACAUCUCAUUCUUCUGCCGCGCAGAAGCUUCCUUUCGAAAAGCCGAUCUACGAGAGUGAGAUUUUACGAAAAGCGAAACAAGAAGUCGAUUCGAAUAAGAAACUUGAGUUCUACGGCAACAUUGCUGUCAUCGCGGUAGGUAUCAGUGUUCUGGCGCGCGUAGGGUACUACAUCGUGUAUGGGAAGGAGGGAGGAGCUCAAGCAGUGCCGCGGCGUACCGCAAUUGCGAAAUAA